AUGAUUUUUUCAUUUAUGUUAAAGGUUUUUAUAAUGAUAUGGGUGUUUAUAACGAGUGUGUGUCAUAAAAUCCGUUUACAUAAAGACUGUAGUAUGGUCUUUCAUAAUCCUCAUUUUGAUUUUAAAAUCAAGGAUAAUAAUAUUAAUAAUAAUCUAAAAAGUAAAAAAUAA